AUGGAAAUCGAACGACCAAAAGACACGCAGUUGCCCAAUGAGUUCAUAGAGCCUCUCCAGGCCAUUGCAUUGCAUAUUUUGCUUCGCACAAGUGGGUUGUCUGACGGAAUAGCAAGAACCAAACAGACCGCUCGCAAGUCUACUGGUGGCAAAGCCCCCAGGAAACAGCUGGCUACCAAAGCUGCUCGCAAAAGUGCCCCUGCUGCCGGCGGAGUGAAGAAACCUCAUCGGUACAGGCCCGGGACCGUGGCUCUUCGUGAGAUCCGUCGUUAUCAGAAGUCCACCGAGCUGCUAAUCCGCAAGCUGCCCUUCCAGCGUCUGGUCCGAGAAAUCGCUCAAGAUUUCAAGACCGACUUGCGCUUCCACAGCUCCGCUGUCAUGGCUUUGCAGGAGGCGAGCGAGGCUUACCUGGUCGGUCUUUUCGAGGACACCAACCUGUGCGCUAUCCACGCCAAGAGAGUCACAAUUAUGCCCAAGGACAUCCAGCUGGCGCGUCGUAUCCGCGGCGAGCGUGCUUAA